CCGGCUCGGACGUGUGACCGCGCCUAGGGAGGGGGAGGCAGCGGGCAGUGCGGGGCGGCGAGGCGACCAUGGAGCUUUUGCGGACUAUCACCUACCAGCCGGCCGCCAGCACCAAAAUGUGCGAGCAGGCGCUGAGCAAGGGUUGCGGAGGGGACUCGAAGAAGAAGCGGCCGCCUCAGCCCCCCGAGGAAUCGCAGGCGACGCAGUCCCAGGCGCAGGUGCCGCCCGCGGCCCCGCACCACCAUCACCAUCACUCACACUCGGGGCCCGAGAUCUCGCGGAUUAUCGUCGACCCCACGACGGGAAAGCGCUACUGCCGGGGCAAAGUGCUGGGAAAGGUGACUAGCGGAGGGCGCCGGGCUGCCGGGCGGGGAUUCACUUUUUGUUUUGUUUAUCAUUUAGGGAACUUUUUUAUUAAUGAAGCCAUGGAACUAAAAGUUGGGGACUUCGGUUUGGCAGCCAGGCUAGAACCCUUGGAACACAGAAGGAGAACGAUAUGUGGUACCCCAAAUUAUCUCUCUCCUGAAGUCCUCAACAAACAAGGACACGGCUGUGAAUCAGACAUUUGGGCCUUGGGCUGUGUAAUGUAUACAAUGCUACUAGGGAGGCCCCCAUUUGAAACUACAAAUCUCAAAGAAACUUAUAGGUGCAUAAGAGAAGCAAGGUAUACAAUGCCAUCCUCAUUGCUGGCUCCUGCCAAGCACUUAAUAGCUAGUAUGUUAUCCAAAAACCCAGAGGAUCGUCCCAGUUUGGAUGACAUCAUUCGACAUGACUUUUUUUUGCAGGGCUUCACUCCGGACAGACUGUCUUCUAGCUGUUGUCACACAGUUCCAGAUUUCCACUUAUCGAGCCCAGCUAAGAAUUUCUUUAAGAAAGCAGCUGCUGCUCUUUUUGGUGGCAAAAAAGACAAAGCAAGAUAUAUUGACACACAUAAUCGAGUGUCUAAAGAAGAUGAAGACAUCUACAAGCUUAGGCAUGAUUUGAAAAAGACUUCAAUAACUCAGCAACCCAGCAAACACAGGACAGAUGAGGAGCUCCAGCCACCUACCACCACAGUUGUCAGGUCUGGAACACCCGCAGUAGAAAACAAGCAGCAGAUCGGGGAUGCUAUUCGGAUGAUAGUCAGAGGGACUCUUGGCAGCUGCAGCAGCAGCAGUGAAUGCCUUGAAGACAGCACUAUGGGAAGUGUUGCAGACACAGUGGCAAGAGUUCUUCGGGGAUGUCUGGAAAACAUGCCGGAAGCUGACUGCAUUCCCAAAGAGCAGCUGAGCACAUCCUUUCAAUGGGUCACCAAAUGGGUUGAUUACUCUAACAAAUACGGCUUUGGGUACCAGCUCUCAGACCACACUGUGGGUGUCCUUUUCAAUAAUGGUGCUCACAUGAGCCUCCUUCCAGAUAAAAAAACAGUUCACUAUUACGCAGAGCUUGGCCAGUGCUCUGUUUUCUCAGCAACAGAUGCUCCUGAGCAAUUUAUUAGUCAAGUGACGGUGCUGAAAUACUUUUCUCAUUACAUGGAGGAGAACCUAAUGGAUGGUGGAGAUCUGCCUAGUGUUACUGAUAUUCGAAGACCUCGGCUCUACCUCCUUCAGUGGCUAAAAUCUGAUAAGGCCUUGAUGAUGCUCUUUAAUGAUGGCACCUUUCAGGUGAAUUUCUACCAUGAUCAUACAAAAAUAAUCAUCUGUAGCCAAAAUGAAGAAUACCUUCUCACUUACAUCAAUGAGGAUAGGAUAUCUACAACUUUCAGAUUGACAACUCUGCUGAUGUCUGGCUGUUCAUCAGAAUUAAAAAAUCGAAUGGAAUAUGCCCUAAACAUGCUCUUACAGAGAUGUAACUAAAAGACUUUUUGAACAGACCCUAUGGGACUCCUCUUUUCCACUGUGAGAUCUACAGGGAAGGCAGUAGAAUGAUUUAGAGCAUGUUGAAGAAGAUGGACAUGUGGUGGUACGAAAACAAUUCCUCUGUGGCCUGCUGGACUGGGUGGAACCAGAACAGGCCAGGGCAUCCAGUUCUUGACUGUGGACAGUCCAAGAGUGAACCAGGAUGCAGUUUUCCUUGAGAUACCUGUUUUAAAAGGUUUUUAAAGAAAAUUUUGCAGAAAGGUGCAUUGAUUCUUAAAUUCUCUCUGUUGAGAGCAUUUCAGCCAGAGGACUUGGAACUGUGAAUAUACUUCCUGAAGGGGAGGGAGAAGGGAGGAAGCUCCCACGUUGUUUAACGGCUGUAAUUGGAGCAGCUUUUGGCUGCGUAACUGUGAACUAUGGCCAUAUAUAAUUUUUUUUUCAUUAAUUUUUGAAGAUACUUGUGGCUGGAAAAGUGCAUUCCUUGUUAAUAAACUUUUUAUUUAUUACAGCCCAAAGAGCAGUAUUUAUUAUCAAGAUGUCUUUUUUUUAUGUUGAUCAUUUUAAACUGUUGGCAAUAAAGAGUAUGAAAAAGCAGAAA